UUUGAUGUGAUUACACUGAUGUCACAUUUUUAUAAAAUAAAAUGGAAACGAUAAGAUGAUAACAAAUCGCUUUCUGCAAAUAAAUCUAAAGUAAUGGAAAGAUUAAAUUACUCAUUAAACGACCUGCAUUUGUGCGAAGGUUAUUCUAUUGCGGAAUUAGUUCCGGACCUUGUUUUGGAAAAUAUAUUUUCAUACCUAUCUGUGAAAGAUCUUCGAAAUUGUUCCUUGGUUUGUAAGAGCUGGUACAGGAUCCUCAGUGAUGAAAACAACGACGUAUGGAGAAUACAUUGUGUUAAAAGAUUGGCUGAAGAAGUCAUGAAGUCUGACUUGCUUUCCACAUUAACAACUUAUAAGGCAAAACUUAAGGCUUUCUUUCAUGCUUGGAAUCCGCAUGACUGCUCCAGAAACAUUUAUGUCAAACCAAAUGGAUUCACUUUACACAGGAAUCCAGUAGCACAAAGCACAGAUGCUUGCAGAGGCAAAGUGGGUUUCAAUUAUGGCCGACAUGCCUGGGAAGUGAUAUGGGAGGGUCCAUUAGGGACCGUAGCUGUGGUAGGCAUCUCAACCAAAGAAGCACCUUUACAAUGCCAAGGCUACGUGGGGUUGUUAGGGGCUGAUGAACAGAGUUGGGGAUGGAACCUUGUGGACAAUCACUUACUGCAUAAUGGUGACACGCAAGGACACUAUCCGUUGCUUAACAACUGUCCUAAAUAUCAAGUUGGUGAGCGCAUACGAGUGAUAUUAGACUGUGAGGAUAACACUUUGUCAUUUGAAAGAAAUUAUGAAUUCCUAGGAGUUGCAUUUAAAGGUCUUCCUAACAAGCGACUGUAUCCAACUGUGUCAGCUGUGUAUGGAAAUACUGAAGUGUCUAUGGUUUACCUUGGUCCACCAUUAGAUGGCUGAUGGCUACCUACAAUAUCUAGAUAAUGAUGAUCAUGACCUGGUUUGGCUGGGGCAAAAAUGUACCAGGGAGCAGAUUUUAAACUUUCUACCACUCAAUAUUGUGUAUUGCAUUUAAUUUCUACAGUGAUUUCUAUUAAUAGAAUUGACAACGAAAUUAAAAAAUCGCCCUCCUGGUUGGUGCAAGUGUCUCUAAGGUAGACCCGUAUGGUUCGGCUCAUCAAUAUAGUGGUGGUUUUUCUUUUGUAUAUAUUGCUUCUAUUUUAAUUUAUAAUCUUAUUACAGUUAUUACAUUUCAUGAGUGUGAAUAUUAUUCAAAAAACGUUAGCAUUUAUUUGAGAUACCAUAGUAUUAUGUAAAAAAAAUUGUAUAUAUUUGAUUAUAGAUUUAAGUUAUUAUUUAUUUUCUUUUGGUUAAUAAUAAUAAUGUAUGAUGCACAUUAAAUUUAUGUUGCAUUGCCCUAAAGUUGACUGAUUGAGAAUGGUGGUUUUACGAUUAGUACCUAAUGAUUUUGUGCAAUAAAAUGACCAUUAGA